GCUCACAGUUGAGAGGAAGCAUCGAAAUACGACACAUUUCAGAAGAAAGUCGACGGAUUCGAGCGGUGAAUCGGAGGCUGCAGUGAGUCGCUAUACGUUGAUAAGAAUUUAUGACAAAAUAUCCACUAUCAUUUAUGAACAUAAAUUCAUCAUUCUCGUAAAAACAUGUUGGCGAAGAUUUUUGUCAAUGAAGUCAGAAAGACUGCAGUCAGAACACUCUCUGGAUCCCCCACUGCUUCAAAUGGGUACAAUUUUCAGUUGUCAGAUGCACAGAGAGAAAUUCUCGAAACAGCUCAGAAAUUUACUAGAGAAGAAAUUAGUCCCGUAGCUGCUCACCAUGACGUAACCGGAGAAUUUCCUUGGCGACUGGUGAAACGUGCAUGGGAAUUGGGACUCACAAAUUGCUGUGUCCCUCGAAAAAUCGGUGGACCGGGGAUGGGAAUAUUCGAUGGUUGUCUAAUAAAUGAGUCAUUCUCUUACGGUUGCGCUGGCAUAUCGACAGUCCUGCAAAUUUCUGGAAUUGCACAAACGCCAGUCAUCAUUGCUGGCAACGAGGAGCAGCAAAAGAAAUAUCUUGUGCCAAUGCUUGAAGAACCAAUUCUUGCGGCGUACGCGGUAACAGAGCCCGGGGCGGGUUCAGAUGUGAACGGAAUAAUAACGAAAGCAGUGAAGAAAGGCAAAGAAUGGAUCCUCAAUGGUACGAAAAUGUGGAUAACUGCUGGAGGAGUAGCGAAGUGGUACUUCGUCCUAGCGAGAACCCAUCCAGACCCGGACGCACCGGCCGGCAAAGCAUUCACAGGUUUUCUCGUGGAUCGAGACUCUCCGGGCGUCAAACCGGGUCGCAAAGAAGUGAACAUGGGUCAGAGGGCGUCAGACACCCGCAUGGUGAACUUCGAGGACGUGAGAGUCCCCGGGGAGAACGUCCUUCGAGGCGAGGGUGAGGGAUUUAAGAUCGCCAUGCAGGCCUUCGACCUGACCCGUUCGGGAGUCGCAGCGGGGGCUGUUGGUCUCGCCCACAGAGCCCUGGACGAGGCCACUAAAUACGCUAUCGAGCGACGGAGUUUUGGUAAACCCAUAGCGGAGCAUCAGGCGGUGGCGUUCAUGCUCGCUGACAUGGGCAUCGGCGUCGAGACUGCCGGGCUCGCCUGGAGGAAGGCAGCCUGGGCUACCGAUCAGAAACUCCCAACUGCUCCGAUGCUCGCCAGCAUCGCCAAGUGCUACGCAUCUGACGUUGCUAAUGCAUGCGCAUCUAAUGCAGUACAAGUUUUUGGAGACAAAGGGUACAACAUGGCGCAUCCGGUGGAGAAGCUCAUGAGGGACGCCAAGAUUUAUCAGAUUUACGAGGGGACUUCGCAGAUUCAGAAACUCAUCAUCUCUCGUCAAUUGAUCAAGCGGAUGAAGAACAAAGCAUCGUAGUUGGUAUUUUGUACGAAUUUAGAAUGCUUCGUCUGCAAUUGCGGAUAAUUUUUUGGAUAUCUUUAUGAAUAUGAAUAUAAAUAUACAUUUUUUACUUCA